UCAGUAAAGCACACAUGGUGAAGCUGCAAGAAUGUUAAAUUUAUCAAGAAUUCAGAUUUUUAUUUAUUUAUCAUGUUUAUCCGCAUCUGUACUUGCUCAGGGGCAGCAGAGGGCUGCAUUGAUGAACCUUGCGAAGACCCUCUCCGAGAACCUUCAGAGCACUAUCUCCUCUACCUCUACCCAGAUACAGGAUUUAAACUGGAGAAAUGGGAACCUCACUCUAGGCGUGGAAGGAUUAGAAGUUAAGGUUUCAAACUCCUCCGUACUACUGGAGAACCUGGAGCAGAGAAUAUUAAGCCUGGAGAACCAGACCUCGCUACUUAAAGAGAGAAGAGAACUGGAGGAAAAUAUUUGGAAGUUCAAUACUUUAGUAUGUAAUGCAUCCCUGGAAACCCUGAGAGAAAAUCUGGAAGAGAAAAUUUCUCAGCUGGCGGUUGGAAAACCUGCUCCGAUCCCUCCCUUCACACUUGACAGUUCCAAGAACUCUAACAGUAAAAUUAACACAGAGGGAGACAAAUCUUUGGACCAGGAAGGUUCUCUAAGUAUACUAAAUAAGCUGGAUAAUCUAUUGGCGGAUUAUGAGUAUUAUGAUAUCCCACCUCCUUCCGCUCCUCUCCCUGAUAACCCAGGGUCUAACACAAGCUCCGUAAAUAUCUCCGUCAACGGCUCCGUGGACACUCUUGUCUCCUUCACAAACCAACUUCUCCUGGAGCUUAACAACAAAUACACAAACCUUGACAGCAAGAUCUCUGGGUUGGAGAGGGAAGGGGAGAAGACUAAGAAGAAAAUGAAAGAAAACAAGUUUGAGGAUGAACUGCUCCGGGAGAUGACAAGGAUAGAGGACGAGGUUGGGUUCAAGAUCUCCAGAAUAAAGGAUGAUAUUGCUACCGGAGAACAGUCUAUUAGGACGGAAAUAAAACUCAAGGAUGAAGAUAUCGAACUUUUAAAAAAGAUAACCACGAGUCGUCUGUCAAUCUAUGAGUCUAGAAUAGAUGCUCUGGAAUCCAUGAUCCUAAACCUAACAAUAUCUAAUAAUCAAAACAUGGAACAGUUUCUUCAAAGUAACAAGUUGGAGAAAAAAGAUGAGCCGGAAGUAAGCACAACAGAGAGAUCCAGAGAACCUGAGUUUCUAUCUUCUCAAACCUCACAGGAUCUAGAUAGGAUUGCAGCCUUUCUAGACGGAGAUUCUGAUACUUCAUCCUCAACCUCAUCCUCGUCCCCAUCCGCAUCCUCCUUCGCUGGAUCUCGAACCGGAGGGAUCGAUGGUUCUUCUUCUUCUCGUGAUCAUUACUGGAACAAAUAUAAUUCGGAGGCAUCAAAUCCUCCACUGGUCCUGAAGGACAGAUAUGAGGCAGCUGAUAGAUCCCGACGUCGGAGUGGACGGUGGCUGGUAUCUGAUGAUUAUGAAAAUCAGGAUUCAAACAACUGUGAUUGUUUAUUUAUGCAGGAGAGGCUGGCCAUCCUGGAGUCUGGGUUCGAGAACAUGAUGAUAGAGGUUGAGGAUCAGAUGGCUGGAAUACAGAGUUCUGUGACACGAAUGGUUCACCGUCUACAGGAUCUAGAAAAUAUGCAAUCCUCCUCCCUUCCUAGAAGUCCCAUCUGUGUAGCAAAACAGGUAGUAGCUGGGCUGGACGGAAUGGAUACAUGGUGCCAAGAGCAGUGCACACUUGGAACUUGUCCAGAGAGAUUGUGCUCUUGUCCAUCCACAAUACCACCAAGCUAAUCUUGUAUACCCUGAAUACAAGACUAAUCUUGUAUACCCUGAAUACUUCUACACACUAAUAAUUAAAGAAGAUAUAUUCAUAAAUAUAUUUAAUCUGGUAACUCAGGAUACUCAUUUUUAACGUAAAUUGAUAUUGUAAAAAACUGUCAAAAUUGUGAUAAUACUUUAGUAAGGUCUGUUCAAAAAUAUUUACGAUCUAUAAAAGUAAAAUAUGUGAUAAUUUAAA